CGCUGUGACGUCAUAAGUCUGCGCCGCUCUCCUGCAUCUGUUGUGAUUCGGCUGAAGAAAGAUUGUCCAAACACACAGAAAAACUCCUGCUGAGAUCUAUACGCUGUUAUAAAGAUGGCGUUCAUUAAAGAGGAGAGUGAAGACGUGAGGAUUGAAGAAGCAUUCAGAGUCGAAGCUGAGGAACAAACAGACCUCAUGCCGCUGAAAGAGGAGUGCACAGUACCGAAUGAAACGGAAGCGAAAGAACAAUAUGAGACUCAUCAUGAUUUUAUAACAGGAGAAGAAUCUUUCAGUUGGCCACAGAUUAAAGAGACUUUCUCACAGAAAACAGCUCAUAAAACAGGAGCUACAAGUUAUUUCACCCCUUUUCACUGUGAAAAGAGUUUCAAUGAACAUGGAAAUCUUAAAGUCCACAUGAGAAUUCACACUGGAGACAAGCCUUCCAUCUGCCCUGAGUGUGGAAAAAGUUUCACGUCUGAAGGAAGCCUUAAAGUGCACAGGCGAAUUCACACUGGAGAGAAGCCUUACACCUGCCCUAAGUGUGGAAAGAGUUUUAAUCAACUUGGAAACCUUAACAUGCACAUGAGAAUUCACACUGGAGAGAAACUAUACUCAUGUCUUCAGUGUGGAAAGAGUUUUACUCAAAAAGUAAACCUUAAAGUCCACAUGAAAAUUCACACUCAAGGGAAGCCUUUUAUCUGCCCUGAGUGUGGAAAGGGUUUCGAUCAAAAAUUAAACCUUAAAGUGCACAUGAGAAUUCACACUGGAAGAAAGCUUUUCACCUGCCAACAGUGUGGAAAAAGAUUCACACGUAAAGGAAAACUUAAAGUGCACAUGCGAAUUCACACUGGAGAGAAGCCUUACACCUGCCCUAAGUGUGGAAAGAGUUUUAAUCAAUAUGAAGCCCUUAACAUGCACAUGAGAGCUCACACUGGAGAGAAACCAUACUCAUGUCUUCAGUGUGGAAAGAGUUUUACUCGAAAAGUAAACCUUAAAGUCCACAUGAGCGUUCACCCUGGAGAGAGUCCUUGUAUCUGCCAACUGUGUGGAAAAAGCUUCAUUCAUAAAGGAUUCCUUAACGAACACAUGAGAAUUCACACUGAAGAAAAGUGUCAUGUGUGCCAUCAGUGUGGAAAAAGUUUCAGCCAAAAAGGAAACCUUAACAAACACAUGACAAUUCACACUAGAGAAAAGCUUUAUACAUGCCCUCAGUGUGGAGAGAGUUUCGAUCUACAUGGAAGCCUUAAAGCCCACAUGAGAGUUCACACUGGAGAGAGUGCCUUCACCUGCCAACAGUGUGGAAAAAGAUUUACUCAAAAAUCAAGCCGUAACAGUCACAUGAGAAGAUUACACGGCAUAUUUUCAAAACAAACUUGAUCAACACAAAGAUUACACUUUCUAUGAAGCCCGUAUUUAUAAUACAUUAUACAUAAUGCAAUAUAAAUAACUUUAUAAUAUGUUAUCAUCUCAUGAAUAUUCAUAAGAACCAUUUUAAUGUAUUAUAAUAGUUACUUAUUUGUGGUUAUAGUUUUUAAGAGUAUGAUGAUUUAUAACAAUGAACACAAUCCAUCCGCUUAAGUUACAAUGGAUUAUAUUUCUCAUAGUUACAAUGGAUUAUAAGUCUCAUAUCUUGCCACGUUACUUAUGUCACUUUACUUAAAGCAGACAAAGACCACUUAUAAGUAAUAAUAAUAAUAAUAAUAAAAAAAACAUUCUCAAACAGCCAUAAGAUCGGAUAUCAGAUCAGAUGAAUGUGUAAUAUGAUACAUUUGCUUUGAACAUUUUUAUUUAUUUUUUAUUAUUUUGAUGGCACACUUUAGACAGCUGUUGAUAAGUAACUCUGCAACUACAUGUCAACUAGCAGUCAUUAGAGUAUUAAUAGUGUGUCUGCUGAAUAUACUGUAUGCUAACACUUUAUUUUGAUGGUUCCUCAACAGACAUACUGAGGAUACUUUGCAAGUAUGUGAACAUUCUACCUACCCUACCUAAGUCAACUAAUACAAUUAAUUUUAUAUAUAUAAACAUUGCACUCAAGAGAUGUAGUAAGGCACUGUGCAGAUCUUAAAUAAACAAUGUCAAGCUAUGAUAUAGCUCAUUAUAAAUGAAGUAGAUUUAAUAUGGUGUUCAUUGUGUGUUAUAAAUAAUCAUACUCUUAAAAGUUAUAACCACAAAUACUUAAGUACUAUAAUGUAUUAUAAUUGUUAUGAUUAUUCUUGAGAUUUUGUAACACAUAAGGUUUUUUAUAAUGUAUUAUAAAUACGGGCUUCAUAGAAAGUGUUACAGAGAGAGCUGUUUUAUGUCAUCAGUGUGGAAGGAGUUUCGCAGACAUGAAUCAUGUAAUAAUGUUGUGAUGUGUAGGAAGCUUAGAAGUGAAGACCAGGAGACUCUGGUUUAUAUUCAGUAGGCUUCUAUAUUGAGAAGGUGCCGUGUGGCACCAUUAGAGUUGGGGUAAGUCUGAACUUGAGUCCAAUUAUUAACAACGGGUUAAACAUGGACUCAGACAUUUUGGACUCAGGAAUUUUACAGAGUAUGGUCGACUCCACGUCAUGUGUAACAUUAAAGGGAUACUUGACCCAAAAAUGAAAAUGUCAUUAAUUACUCACCCUCAUGUCAUUAUAAACCCCUAAGACCUUCAUUCAUCUUCAGAACACAAAUGAAGAUAUUUUUGAUGAAAUCCGAGAGCUUUCUGAUCGUCCAUAGACUGCAACGCAACAGAAAUGUUCCCAGGCCCAGAAACGAAGUAAGGACGUCAGUAAAACAGUCCAUGUGACAUCAGUGGUUCAACCGUAAUUUUACAAAGCUACAAGAAUACUUUUAGUGCGCCAAGAAAACAAAAAUAAUGACUUUAUUCAACACUUCUUCUCAAAAUUAGAUCAUCCGCCAUUAUAAGAGAGUACCAUGACGCAUGCAUGUGCUUUCCUCCGAACCUGAUUUCCUUACUUCGUUUCUUGGCCUGGGAACAUUUCAGUUGCACUGCUGUCUAUGGAGGGUCAGAAAGCUCUGAACAACACACAAUACACCUCAGUACUGCAAAUCUGUAAAUAACUCAUCAAACCAUCAUCUGUAAAUAGCACACGUGCACAUUCACAGUUCUGUCUAUGGACAUUUUCCUUUUUAUAUAUAUUUUUAUUACUAUUGUUAUUUAUAAUUUAUUGUCUGUUCUCUCUAAUAUUAGUGUUUUUUUUAUUACCUUAAUUUUAUGUAUGUCUGGACUAUGUACUUUCUGUACUGGAAGCUCCUAACCAAGACAAAUUCCUUGGCAAUAAUGCUCUUUCUGAUUCUGAAAUUAUAUCUAUUUUCCCAAAAAAGCAGUUUAUUCCAUUUAUUGUGUCUCAACCCCAGUGUAUUGAAAGAAACUACACAUUAUCAACAUUAUUAGAAAUUAUCACUAUUUUUUAGAGUAACAGCACCAAAUUACUGAAUGGAAUAUCAGACUAAUUGAAAAGGUUUUACACACGAAGACAUAAAUCGUGUUUUUGUGAAGAAUCAUCUGACUGGUAUACAUCACAUGAAUGAAAACUGUACUGUGUAUAGUCUUCUAUAGAAAGUGUUUUAGGUAUACAUUACAAAUGACCAGAGUUUGGUAUAACGCCUUACACAGUAACUUACUGUAUUCUGCCUUACUGUAUUCUAAUUACUUUUCCUGGUAACGCAGUAAUGCGCUACAUUUUAAAUUUAUGUAAUUUGAUUAGAGUUACUAAUGUCAAUAAAAUUAUUUAAGUUACAAAUGCACGGUCAAAAAAUAUGAAAUAAAAAACAUUAUGUGCGUCA